AUGGCAGUUGCAACUACGUUUUAAGUGAAUACAAUAAACUGUUAUUAAUAAUAAUAUCUGAAUUAUUACUCUAAUAUGGAAGGUAUUGGAAGUGAAGUAACUCAGAAAAUCAGGUCUGCGAUCAAAGCAAAGUUAGUGGAACUGGGAGCAUAUGUAGAUGAUGAGCUUCCAGACUAUAUUAUGGUUAUGGUCGCUAAUAAGAAAACCAAAUCUCAGAUGACAGAAGAUCUGUCUUUAUUCUUGGGAACAAACACAGAAAGUUUUACUUCAUGGCUUCAUGGAGUGUUGGAACACCUACAGAAAGUGACAUUUGAAACUAAACAAAAGUUAGGUUUCGUGAGUGAAGAAGAAAAGUCUGAAAAUAGUCAUUGCCCUGAAAAAGCAACAGAAACCACUAAAACAAAAGCAAAAGAUAAAAAUAUCAUAAAGAAAUUUCCAGGAAAUCCUGUUUCAAAUAAAACAGUCAAACCCAAAGAGAAAAAGUCUAAAAGUAAAAAGCCAGUUGUAUGUGAAAGUAUAAACAAACAAGCAGAAACAGUCUAUGAUAAUAACCAGACUGCUGCUUUAAAUUCUACAUCUGAUAUCUCUCCUAAAGAAGAUGAAAGUUUAAAUCAAAAAACAAACAAAAACUCCCAUGUUGCUAGUAGUUCUUCUGGUAAUAUGGAAUCAGAAAAGGAAAAGAAGAAUGAAACAAAAUUAGAAAUUGGAGGGACAUCAAACAUGGACAGCCACUGUGAUGAUAAUAUUUUUACUGAUAAACAAAGACAGAAAACCAUCAAAGGGAAGGAUAUUUGUGAUACACACAUCAAUACUCUAUCAAAUAAAGAUGUCUGUAAAGAAACAGAAAAACCACUAACUACAAAGACUUCAGUAAAAUAUAAUGCCACAAGUGGUGAAGGUUUACUGGACGUUGAAUUGGAUGAAAAUGAUGAGUUUUUAGCACUGAAAGCUGAUCCUGAAACAGAUGAUUUGUUAGCUGAGGAGCUGCAAGAAGACUCCUUCCUCCAAGUUGGAUCUAAGCCAGCUGUUUCAUAUCAGAAAAAAACUGCAACAGUAGCAGCAGUUUCACAUACCAGAUCUUGUAGCCCCAAAAAACACAAUAUUGUUACUCCCAUUCAGAGACAUGAUUCAUCAAAUGUGUUACAGCAUGUCCAGUCUGUCACUCCUAAACAUCCUACUCUCCUUCAAGACAAGUCAAAUAAGUUGCGGUCGCUAAAGAGAGGUACGUUCCCCAGUUCGACAGUUGGAGCAGUUGUACAAAACCCUUCUCGUUUUGUAGAGGAGAAUGAAGAAGAAUAUGAUCCUCGUAAUCCCUCUGUUGGGAGCGUUGCAAGCAUUAUUAAGGUUUCAGAAAGACGUUCCAGUGUACCUUUAUCCAUGCAAGCAAACAAACUACUAAUUUUGAAAGCUGUUGAAGAUGCCAACAGAUCAGUUGCAAAAAACACUCCAAAAUUACCAGCUCGAGUGGAACCUUACCAACCAACUCCAAUCUACCAGUUGAAGGAUAAACAACAAGAAGUUCAACAACGUGUUCCAGUAAAACCCAUUGAUACGAAACUUGUAGUUCAACAACGUGUUCCAGUAAAACCCAUUGAUACGAAACUUGUAGUUCCACAACGUGUUCCAGUAAAACCCAUUGAUACAAAACUUGUAGUUCAACAACAUGUUCCAGUAAAACCCAUGGAUACAAAACUUGUAGUUCAACAACGUGUUCCAGUAAAACCCAUGGAUACAAAACUUGUAGUUCAACAGUGUGUUCCAGUAAAACCCAUGGAUACAAAACUUGUUGAACCUUUAGAAGAAAAACAACUUCUAGAUGAUUAUUUCACCUUGGAAGACCAGUCAGAUGAAGAACCAGUUGUAAGAGAAGCUGUUGAAACUGGUCAGAGUUCUUUUGCAGAAUUUUCAAAUCUGCAGUUACAAGACUAUAAUGAACAAGUGGAUGAAGAUUUGCCCAAAGAAAAAAUAGAUCAAUCUGGAGAUUCUAGAAAAAUCGAAUUCUAUACUACUAGUAACUCAGUAGCAACUGUUAUUCCCCUGAAAAGCCAGAGUAAAUUGACUAUUUCUGGGAAGAUGCCAAUACUGACAACAGUGCCAUCUGGUGGAUCAGCUGUUACCCCAGGAACCAAGAGGAAAAUUCCUAUAAUCUGUGAAGACAGCAGCUUAGAAGACAAGCAAACAAGCCCUAGGUUUGUGGUGACCCUAGAAGGGAUUAGACCUGACCAUUUUGCCAAAAAGAGUAAAGUGAGAAGGACUGUCCUGUCAGGUGAGAAGUCACAAGACUAUGAAGAUGAUAUAGAGCUAGUGACCCUUGAAGAUGAAAUAACUCGAGACAUUCUGAACACUGAUUAUCCUAUGGAAGAAAUUCUGGAAGAAGAAGAAGAAGAAGCAUUUGAUGCUCCCCAAAAGAAACUGAAACUCCGGGAAAGAUGUAAAUAUUGGCCUGGGUGCAAAAAUGGUGAAAAGUGUUCCUAUCAUCACCCCACAGUUCAGUGCAAAGCUUUUCCCAACUGUAAGUUUGGGGAGAAGUGUUUGUACAUUCACCCCAAUUGUAAAUAUGAUGCUGGAUGUACCAGAAAGGACUGUCCAUUUACUCAUGCCAGUAAACGUACAUUUAGUGCUUCAAUCAGUCCUCCUGUAUACAUAGUUUCCAGUCCUAAGGUAUCCACAAAUAAAGCCCCAUGCAGGUUUUUCCCUAAAUGUAAAAAUAUCAACUGUCCAUACUUUCAUCCAAAGUUGUGUAAAUUUGGCAACUUUUGUCGAAAUGCUCAGUGUCCAUUUCUUCACUCACAAGCUCCACCACCUCAGCACUUGAAAUGGACUGCUCCACAGUGUGAGUCAAGUCAUUUAAGUGAAAGAAAGUUUGCAUUGAAAACUUCAACAGAAAGCAUGCCUGUGCAGACUAAGACGGAGGGCUAGCUGUCGGUUCCAGCAUUGUAUACUUACUGCCAAAACAUAUGAACAACUUCAGUUUUAGUCUUAAGUUAUAUAACACAAUAUCUUACAUGGUCUUACAUAGAAUAGCUUGCUCUAAAAAACUAAAGUAUGAGCAUGUUCAUGUAUUUUUUAUUAUACUAAAAUUGCACUUAUUAAAUUUCAAUCAUGUAUCACAGACUCCAGUUUUAUAUUACAUGAAAAUUUGAAACUACUGUGACUGAAGUCAUAAUAAGUUUUUUUGACAGACCAGAGUUAUCCUCACACACCCAGCUUGAGUUUUAUAUUUAAUAUUUCUAAAUAUAGAAAAUUAUUUUUUGAUUUGUUACAACGUUUGUAACCUGUUGUUAUGCAAUUAAUUUAAAAAAUACACAAGUUUUUCCCCCCAAAUUUAAAUGUUUUGCUGCAUUGUUUUUGUAAUAGAAAUAUCUUUGUUUUUUUUUUUUCAUUACUUUAGAGUUGGAGAUCUUAACAAAUUUAUUUUGUACAUAAGGUGAAUGUGUUGAUACUACAUAUGAUAUUGAUUUUCUUUUUGUAUAUUCAUAAGUUCUUAAAAUUCGUGUAAAUCAACAUUUGCAUUAUGCUGUUGAGUUAGGCUGUUAGUGUAAAUAGCCUUGGUAACCAUAGUUGGCUGAUAUUGUAAUUAGCAUUUAGCUGUUUCACUUAGAGUUCUCUUCAUAUGCAGCACAUUGAAUAAAUUGUAAUAACCUAAACCUUGACUGCGAUUUGAUAAUUAUGUGUUUGGUGUGUUUUAAUAUGCUAAAAUGCACAUGUGAGGAGAACUGAAAAACAAAGCUACUGUUUACUCUCUAUUAAAGUAGUAUACGUUGUCUGAAAUAAAUGGGUAGUCAUAAGGGUAAAAAAAAACAUUAUUGUAGUUACUUUAUGGGAUAGGUAAUAUUUAGGAAGAAUUAGUACAGGUUCGUAGAAUGUGAUGUGUUACUAUGUGUUCUAAUGUAAACCAGUACAUUCAAAGUUCAUACAAACUUAUUGAAAUAAACAAAAUAAAAACCU